UUGGUGCUGUUUUGGGGCAUGUGGCUCAGAGGAAUGGGGCCGUCUUCCUCCCUGACCCUGGCCAGUCGAUGAAAAAACCGACCGAGCGGUAAAAGGGCUGGGGAUGCACAACGGGACAGAGGAAUCGCAGCUUUGCAGGCAAAAAAACAGGAAUGCUGAAGCUGCUAAACAUGGAGUGUGGCCUCCUUUGCGGAAUAAACCGUUUGUUAGCUGAUGUGUCCGGUCAGUGAGUCAGUAAAAGCAAAAGGUUUGGUUUCUACUUUUGUUUUUUUUAAUCGUUUGCGUUGAUACACACAUCUGCAAUGAUGCGGGCUGAGGACUGGAGCAGGACCGCUGCGAUUGUACUCUGCCUUUUGGGAUACCUUGUCUCCAAAUCUGUCACCAAAACGUUACCGGAGGACACAGUGACAGAAGAGGUGACUCUGAAGGUUCACCUGAGCGAUGCCAGCACUCACCAGCCCCUGGGAGGAGCCACCAUACAGCUCUUCGCCAACCACACAUCUGUAACCACGGAAACCUCAUCGGCUGAUGGCAACACCUACCUGCGCUUCCCUUACCGCCUUGGGACACCACUGGUCGUCACCGCAACCAAGCAGGGAUAUGUGCCAAACUCUGUGCCCUGGACUCCCUCCAGAUUACCUGUAUUUUCCUCCAUCAGCCUGGUCCUGCUACCAGAAAGGGCUGCUACGCUGAUGGUGUAUGAAGAUAUCGUGGAGAUUGUGUCAGGCUUACAAGGUUUCAGACGACAGCCCAGUGUUCAUUUCCAGCGCAGAGCUCUGAGUCUCCCUUCCAACACUUCCUAUGCCAACCUGACUGCUCUGCUCACCGUGGCCAGCUCGCCCUCACACAUCCAGCACUUUCCCCACCUGCAGGUCCUCGGUGGCAACGGCACAGGCACUGAGAAGAAGUUUGAGUUGACUCCUGUAGCAGCCAUCUCUGUUCAUCUAUUGGCCAGCGACGGUGCAGAGCUGCAGGUGAAUGAGCCAAUCACGGUGUCCGUUCCACUGCCGGCUGACAGCGGCCUGAAGGAAAAUGAUCACAUCCCUGCUUGGAGAUUUGACCCGCGCUUGGGAUCCUGGAUAAAGAGCAGUUGGGGUCAUGUGCAGAUGGAGGGCAACCAGCUCAGUCUGACCUACAUUGCUCCUCAGCUGGGAUACUGGGUGGCCGCCAUGUCCCCACUACACUCAGGUCCAGUGGUUGCGAAGGAUAUCAGCACAUACCACACUGUGUUUCUGUUGGCCAUACUGGGAGGCAUGGCUCUCAUCCUGCUCUGCCUGCUCUGCCUCCUGUUGUACUACUGCAGGCGUCGUUGUCUGAAGCCUCGAGGGUCUCACCGCAAGCUCACAUUGUCCUCCGGUCUGGACAGUAGUAAGAGGGACCAAGCCACCUCCAUGUCCCACUUGAACCUCAUCAACAACGAGGUGCAGCUGGAACUUGUUUCCACAGCAACUGAGCCUGACAUGACCACACCGAUGCUGAAGCCUUCAUCAUAUGAGCACCAAGACAAUCAGCGUCAACACAGCCUAAUCCAUCACAGCAAACACAGCCGCUCCUCUCUCGGCAACAACAGCCACCACGGCUCAUCUCUUGGCAAUCUGACGCCUCGCAGCAGAGACUACCGGCAGUCUGUGGAGACGUUCCAAUUAAAGGCUGCUCUUUCAUCCGGAACAGACCGGGGCUACCGUCAAUCAUACACCUCAGUCUGCUCAUCCAGCAACCACAUUUCAGAUGCACUGUCAUCAGCCAAUCAUGGUCAGAUGUCAGCUAACCAGCUGAGCAGUGUUGGGAUUGUUGAUUGCAUUUCCCCUUCCUCUCCUCCUCACUCCCCCAGUAGAGGGGAGGGAAGCGAAUGCAGGGUUCCCGACUACCUUCUGUCCCGCUCUGUGGACCACCUGGAGCGCCCUAGUCCCCCGUCACUCUCCCGGCCGGGCCAGCUGCUCUGCUGUGGAUCUGUGGACCUGCUGAGUGGGGGAGAAGGCUACCCAAGGGUGCGCCCCACAUUGGUGAUCCCAGCACACUACAUGCGCCUGCCCGGGGAGCACCCUCUUUCUGGUCAGGCCCUCCUGCUGCAGACUGACCAACAGAGUGACCUGGAGACCAUCCAGGCUGAGCUCAAUGCCUCCCAUUCCCAGCAGCCCCUGGGGCAAACCCCUACAGACUGCUCCCCAGGUCCCACCAAGCAGAGUGAUGCAGAGGGGCUCGGCCUGUCAGAGUCUCUGUCUAUUCCUGCAGCUCUUGGGGAAACAGGUUUAGUGGAAAUAAACAGUGAGGACACCUUGUUGGCUGAAAAGACUUUAAUGGAGCUCAGAGGAGGGAAGCCUCUUCCUCACCCACGAGCCUGGUUUGUCUCGCUGGAUGGACGCUCCAACGCUCACAUUCGCCACUCCUACAUCGACCUCCAGCGGGCAGGGUGCCAAAGUAACACACCAGGUGCAGGAGGUCAGCAAGGUAAUGGCAGCGGCGGGAGGCAUGGCAAUGGCAACGAUGCCAGUCUGGACUCUGGCGUGGACCUGAAUGAGCCGAGAGUCGGGCGCAGGGGGAGAGACGCAGAGCGGGAAGAAAGAGAAAUUGAGAAAGACAGGUCAAAGGGCACAACAUCAGCCAUGGCCUACACUCAGCUGGUGUAUGUGGAUGAUCUGGAUCGGGGAGGCAGCGAGGAGGAGGAGGCCAAGUGCAGCCCUCAGGACAGCAAAACAGGACCCAUCCUGUCAGACAAAGCAGAGGAUCAGGGGCAGGGGGAUCUUGAGGGGAAAAGAGUAGAGGGGGUACGAAUACAAGAGGAACCCCCGUCACUUUCUUCUUCAUCCCCUGCCUCUCCUCCUCCCCUGCCGACACCAGAAGGAGUGACUUUCAGGACUGAUCAUGCGCUACUGUCAGUCUCUCCAGAUGACGAUGCAGCACAGGAGGAUGCAGAGGAGGAGAAGAAGAGUCCCUGGCAGAGGAGAGAGGAGCGACCCCUGCUGGCCUUCAACCUGAAAUGAUCCACAGACGGACCCUUAAAGGAUAGUUUCACAUUUUUUAAGUUCUUAAUAUAAUACCAAUUUCCCAUAUGUGCAUUGAAAGUGUUUCUGGUCGCUGUAAUUGUUCCUCCUGUCCAUUCUGGCCCUGAAGAAAUCUCCUCUCACAGAGUUUGCAGUGUAAGUGAUAUUUGACAAACCGCAGUCCUCGUUCUAUGCAAAAAAGUAUUUUGAAUUUUAGCAUUUUAUUAUUCGCAAUAUGAAACUACUGUUUCAAGUCACAUGUGAAUCAAUAACAAAAAGUAGAGUAAUAAAAACGAAUAACUAAAAUCUUAUCUAAAGACUAAAAGUAAAAACCAGGACCAUACUCUAAAUAUAUUCAAUUUCAAACUGUGAGGAAGGCAGGGAACAUUUGAAAGGGAAGCACAGAGGGAGAGACGUGAGGCAAAGAUACUGCAUUAGAUAAAUAAGUAAAAUAUUUCCUCCCUUCACAAACAUGAUACAAAUAAUUAACACUUCCCAUUAACAUUUUCACUGAUGUCCAUCACGAAAAACAUCCUUUUCUUGUAAGUCCAGAACUUGCCGCAGAAUCAUCAAGUUUUAAAAUUCUCUUCAGUCUCAAAGUAAUCCAGUGAUAAUUGUCUGUAAAUCCGUGGGUAGAUGGCAAAAAAGAAGCAGUAAUAACUUUAGGAGGGAAUCUCUUCAAGGCCACUAUGGACAGGAGAAACUGUUUAAUUGUACAUAUGGGUAUGUCAGAUUUGUUUUGAAAUAGACUUAAAGAAAAUGUGAACCUACCCUUUAACCAUGACUCCCCCUCUGCCCAGAUCAUAACGUGAAGGAUGUGACCAUUUAAAUCAAAGCCCUUUGUUCUUAAUAUAGCACUGAGAAAAUAUUUCAGCACUGGGGAUCCCUUCUAGUCCUGAACGUGAGGGGAUGGCUCAAAACCUUCAUGAACUUCCAGCUCCCCUUCAUCAAAUGACCACUGUCCACUUUGUCAUCCUCACGACACACUACACAAACAGACCACUCAUCAGGCAUGGUGUACACAUCAUGAGGGAGACAAAUAGACUUUGGUGGCAAGAAAUGAGAAUAUUUUAUGCACAACAAAUAUAUGCCUUUUGUAUAAAUAGCCUUGUGAGUGUAAAUGAACUGUAGUAGAAACAGAUGAUGGGUGGUUCUCACAAAUGAAAGACUACAGGAACCUUUUUUUCUUGAGCCAUAUUGGCCUCAAUCAACUGGCAAAAGCCGGGAACACACUACACUCACUGAAAGCAAGAUUUUAACACAAAUUUAGCCAUUCUGACUGAUUUUUGAAGACUGUGGAGCAGCUUUUCACAAUUGGUUUGGAAAUUAAAAGUCUUUUGAUGUGUUCCUGGGUUUAGAGAGAGCAGUACGACAGGUGUUGUUGGAUGCACUUGCACAACAAUCACCGAUAUAAACAUGUAAAUCCUGUACUUUGAAUGGUUUGGAGUAUCUUGCUAGAACUUAAUCUAGCUCAUCAGAAAGCUGAAAGCUGUAUGGGUGUUUACAUGAACUCCACAGGGGGUGAAGUUUGUCGACUGAAGAAACGAAACCACUAUCCGCUCUACAGCGUAAUCAGAUAAUGUGACACACCACUAUGCUGGUGGGUAAGGAUAUAGUACCACUACGAAACUGUAGUUCUACCCAAAAUUGUGAGGUGUAAUAAUAUGAAGGGUUUUGUAAUUGUUGAACCACUGACUGGCAUAUUUUUGCUCUGAAGGCUAUGCAUCACUUUUAUAUGUCUGCUUGAGAUGCCUUUUUUUGUAAUUUUAAUCACUAUAAUUUUAAUUGCCAACAUGAAGUAUUUUAUCUGAAAAUAGGCUCUUUUGUUUUUGUUUUAUCUUCAAAUAUGUUAAGGGCUUUUCUUCUUCACCCGCCUUAUUGUUAGAGCUACAAUAACAAACACGCAUUCUAGUACACACCUUUUACCUGAAACCAAACUGUUUGUGCUUGCUGUUUAACCUUAAUCUUUACCAUUUCCAGAUGUUCCAAGUGCCUUUGAACAAUCUGACUCUACAACAAAUUUGUGGAACAGAUUACCUUAUUUAUUUCUCACCUUCUUUUGCCUUCAGCUUUCCUCUUCUACCUCAGCCCUCCCUUUCUCUCCCACAUGUGAAAGAAAGCAUGCAGUAAACUUUCCUCAGCACUACAAGCUACACUGCAGACAUGUCAGAAAAUGUCUACCAGCUGCUGCAAUUGUAAAAUCCUCUACAGCAAUCGACAAGGCACCAACCUCUUAGAGUAAGCAGUUAAGGAAUUGCAGAAGUUUUCAGUGUAGCACAGGAUACAUAAAGCUAAGUGCGAUUGUAUGUGAAGCUAAACUGCAGGUCAUUUCAGUGCAUUUUCUUUAUUUUUGUAUUUUUUGAGGGUGAAUGUUUAUCUCAAAUGGCUUAUGUGCACCUGGGUGGUGGUAGUGUCCAUAUGCGACGCUGCUGGCUGUGAGUUUGUGUUGUCAGACUGUGUCCACGUGAGAGUGCUGAGAAAUAAUCAACAUACAUCCACUCAAGGAUCAUUUAGUCAUAGCAAUCACAUUAUGGAGUGUGUAUAGUUCUUUCCUUUCCUCUACCUGGUCAAAAUGUUGUGUGAGUUGGUGUUGUGAAUGACCGCUUCUCUCUUAGUAUCCCACAGCAACCUCUACUUGGAGGGUGGAGUUACAGUACAGCACCCUGAUUGUGUAAAUUGGUUGCUUGCAUUAUAUUUGAAGCCUAUUAUUCUGAAUAAACAGCCAAACUGGAA